AUGUCUACACACAGUACUAUUCUCCACAAUCCAAACAGCAACGAACCCCUCUUCGCCACUGCAGAGAGCGGAAAGCCGCUCACGUUGAGCAUCCUCUCUAUCGGUCUCGCCAGCUACAUCAACAAGACCGACAAAAAGAACUCUCCACGAUGGACACCCCUAGAUCGAGCCAUUCACUCCGGUCGUGCACACAUGCAAAGACUGGCAUAUUACAAACCUGGUGCGGCACACACGAAAGCGCUGGAGCAGAACCUGGUCUACGACAAGAGUCAAGGUACACCAGCGCGUGCGGCUGAGUCGUACAGGUCAUUCCCGGAGAUUAUCCGGAUUAUUCGAGAUGCGGGGGCUAAACAGACAUGUCAGUUGGAGGGGAUUAAGGGGGAUUAUACUGAGCAGCCAAGGGACUAG